ACGUGCCCCAUGGAGCGAAACCUUUUCUCCCAGGUGCUAUAUAAAGACGAGGGGACAAAGUGGACACCAUGAGACCGGACCAAGGCACCUUGGCGAGUACUGUACCUCAGAUAGCGCGCAAGGAGCCACGUUUGUUUCACGAGAUGAAGACCCUGAUUGUUCUCUCCGCCGUGUUGGCAGCAGUAUACGCGCGUCCAGGCCUUCUACUGGCGCCACAGGUAGCAGCUCUAGCGUCGCCUGUUACCAUCACCAAACUAGUACCUGGUGCACCCAUCGGUCUAGAUGGCCGAGUCGUAGACACUCCGGAAGUGAGUCUCGCAAAAGCAGAACACGCAGCAGCCCACAUCAACGAAAGAAUCACUUUGGCUAACGAAGCAUUCAAAUCUGCUGAUUUCAUCGCCUACACAGGACCUGUGAUCACCAGUAGCCUGCAACCUGUGGCUGUCGCAGCCAAAAUCGUUCCUCCAGCUCCUCUAGGACCCGAUGGCCGCGUUGUCGACACACCGGAAGUCGCUUUGGCCAAAGCAGAACACGCUGCUGCUCAUAUCAACGAGAAACUCGAACAUGCUGCUGAACAAGCAUCGAAAGGAAAUUUGGAGCUUCCUGUGGUUCUGUCCACAUACUCUGCACCAGUUAUUCAAAAGGUUUUGAUAUAAGGACAGGGCAUGACUGGCUGGAU